AUGUUAAAACGAGUACGAUCUAAAAGUGAAUCACGUAUUGAUAGUCGAAGAAAACUAGCAUCAUCAUCAACAAUGACAGAUUUAAAUGCACAUUCAGGUGAUAGAAAACGAAUAUGUGCAUUUACAAUUGAAGCAUGUCAAAUAUUAAAUGAAUUACGAAAAAAUAAUCUUUUAUGCGAUGCAAUAAUAUUAACCAAAGAGUACAUUGAAUAUCCAGUUCAUCGAUUUAUUUUAGCUGCUGUAAGUCCCUACUUUCGAAUGGCUUUUACAAGUGAAAAUCGAUAUUUACAAUUAGAUAUUGAAUGUGAUACACUUGAAUUAUUACUUGAUUAUGCUUAUACACGUAAAUGUAUAUUAACAUUAGAUAAUAUUAUUAAAUUAAUUGAUGCAGCUAAAUUAUGUCAAAUGACAAGUUUAUUUCAUUAUUGUUGUGAAUAUCUAAUAUUUAAUUUAAACGAUGAAAAUGUUUUUCAUUUAUAUAAUUUUGCUAAAAUAAAUUCUGAUAUAAAAUUAUUCAAUGCAACUUAUCAAUAUAUAAUGUAUCAUUUUAUUAAUAUGACAAAGACAAGUAAAACAUUUGUUGAACUUUCAAUUGAACAACUUAUUGAAUUUAUUACGAAUGAUGAUUUAAAUGUACGUAAUGAAGAAAAUCUAUUUGAUGCAUGUAUCAAAUGGAUUGAUUAUAAUAUUGAACAACGAAAAUCAUUUAUUGUACAAUUGAUUCGUAAUUUACGUCUUGGUUUGAUUUCAUCAUCAAUAUUUAUUAAUAAAAUAAAACAACAUUCGUAUAUUAGAAAUAAUAAUGAAUGUAAACCAAUCAUUGGAGAAACAUUUAGAUUGUUAUAUAAAUUAGAUAAUGAAGGACUUAUCGAUAAUGAUAUUAAUUGUUCAUUUAUUCGUCCUCGACAUCCACAUGAAAUGAUUUUUGCUUUUGGUGGAUGGUCAGGUGGUAAUGCAACAAAUAUGCUAGAAGCUUAUGACGUUCGAGCUGAUAAAUGGACAAUUAUUUCUACAGAUCAAGUUUCACCACGUGCUUAUCAUGGUUGUAUUACAAUUGCUGAUAAAAUGUAUAUUAUUGGUGGUUUUGAUGGUACUGAAUAUUUUAGUUCAUGUCGUACAUUUCAUCUAAUUGAUCGAGUAUGGAAUGAUAUAGCACCGAUGAAUGAACGACGAUGUUAUGUUAGUAUAGCUUAUUUAAAUGGUUUCUUAUAUGCUAUGGGUGGUUUUAAUGGACGUGUACGACAAAAUACAGCAGAAAAAUAUUUAUCUGAAACUAAUCAAUGGUCAGCUAUUUGUCCAAUGCAUGUACAACGAAGUGAUGCUUCAGCAUGUACACUGAAUGAUCGAAUUUAUAUUUGUGGUGGUUUCGAUGGACAAGAAUGUUCACAAACAGCUGAAUAUUAUAAUCCGAUUACAAAUCAAUGGACUAUGAUUCAACCAAUGCGUAGUCGUCGAAGUGGUGUUGGUGUUAUUGCUUAUCAUGGUUCAAUAUAUGCUAUUGGUGGUUUUAAUGGUACAUCACGUCUUAGUACAGGUGAAAGAUAUAAUCCAAUAAUGAAUACUUGGCGAACAAUCACUGAUAUGUUUCAUCCAAGAAGCAAUUUUGCAAUUGAAGUUCUCGAUGAUCUUAUAUUUACUAUUGGUGGAUUCAAUGGUCUAACUACAAUAUCUAAUGUUGAAUGUUUUGAUGAUACAACAGAUGAAUGGUAUGAUAUUGCUGAUAUGAAUUUAUUUCGGUCAGCAUUGAGUGCUUGUGUUAUUACUGGAUUAACAUUUACAAAAAUAUUUCUUUGUUCAAAUGAAAUAUCAAAAAUACAGAAUCAUACUACAACAUCUUCCAUACCAUUAACUGUUCAUUUACCAUCAAUAACAUUAUCAAGUCUCAACAACAUAUUCAAUAAUUAA